GGGGAGGGGGGUGGUGGUGGUGGUGGGGAGAAUCAGGGUGGUGGUGAUGGUGAUGAUGGUGGGGAUGGUGGGGAGGGGGGUGUUGGUGGUGGGGGCAAGGAGAGGGGUGAGAAUGAGGGGUGGGAGCCGGGGAAGUUGUGGACGGCGUGGCCGAUGCGGGCCGAUGAGGUGCCUGGGGAUGGGCUGCUGCCGCGGACGGCGGAUGUGAAUGAGCCGUUUACCUUCCGGCGGCGGGAGCAGGGGCGGGGGUUUGCGGGGUGUGAGUUGGAGGAGGAGAUCUCGGCGACGAUUUUGCGGUAUGCAAAGGAGCGGUUUCGGGAGAGGGAUUUGCAGGGUUCGCGGGUGGAUGGAGAGCCGGUGAUGCCGUCUAUCGAGACGGGUGACGCUACUACCGAGGGUGAGACGGACGCGGAAGAUAUUGCGGAGACGACCGGCCAGGACGAGGAGACGGACGAGCCGCGCAGGACACCCCGGCGCAAGCGGCGGGCUGUGUCGCCCACUUUUACACCCGUCGUAUCGGCCGACGACGAACGGUCGUAUGCGCUGCUGCGGCCGGCUACGCGUCGGAUUAUGUCACAGUUUGACGACGCCCUCAUGAUCCUGCACAACCAGCGCAUGGCUGGCCUUGGUAACAUGUCUGAGUCCUCUGCUAGUGACGAGGACGAGACAGACGCCGAGGGCUGGCAGGAGAAGGCGUCUCAGGUGCCGCCAAAGUCGCGAAAGGGGGGCCGACCCAGGAAGGUGCAUGUCCCUCGGGAAGGGGAAACAGAGCAGGAGAUGUUGAUCAGGCUGGCAAGAGAGAAUAGGAAGAAGAUACCGACUUUCUCUUCGGGAGCAGAAUCGGGGGGGGAGGCCGGCCGCGGCAGGAGCAGGAGCAACAGUCUUGGCAGGGGCCAGCGCUCAGUAUCGGUGGCCUCGAGGGCCACUUCGCGGGCAAGUUCUCGACCAGCAAGGUCUAGAAGUUCCAGCGCCUCACUCGAGGCCAACAGGGAGAAGCUGCUCGCCAGAUGGGGCCUACGUAACUGGCGGGACGUGCUGGGUGCCGCCGCCCUGGCUGGUUUCUCGCCGACAGUCAUCGCUCGUGCCACCCAGCGAUGCUCGACACUAUUUGGGGAGGGGAUGACAAUACACACACUGCAAGAGCGGUCUGCUACAUCCGGUAUGGCCGGAAUAGAGACCAUGCGGUAUGUACCCGGAGCGUCUCUGCUGGUAUCUUCAGAUGAAGACGAUUCUUCCCAGGAGGAGCUGGCCCAGUUCCUGACAAUCAGCCGCCAAUCGAGCGUCAGACCGGCUGGCUCGUCGUCACCGGAGCCAGAGUCAGACGCGCCGGCAGCCCUGGUGUGCCCCUAUCCGGACUGCCAUAAAGCUACCCGGCCGUUUAUGAGGAGGUCAAAUUUCGACAGACACCUCAGGGACAUGCAUGGCGAUCAGCCACCUGCCGCCACAGAGCCAAAUUAUACGAACGAAGAAGCACUACCUGCACGCCGUAGUCGGUCGGGAACACCUGCAAUUGCCCAUCGUUGCCCCUACCCCAACUGCCCCCGGGCAAUCGAGGCGUUCACAAAGCGGAAAAACCUGUCUCGACAUCUCAAGCGGGUACACGGCAAGCGGGCGGCCGAGUUUACGGACGAUGAAGAGGACAGCGCGGAUGAGAUGGACGGCGGCGUACACGUGGACGGGUUCCUCCAGCCGAUCAAGAUGAGGAAGGGGUGGCGGGGAGAGGACAUGCAGCAGCGUACCCGGGCGUGCAGGUCACGGAAAAAGGCUAGGGCGGAAUCCGAGGAGCUUGAUUCAGCGUUUCUGUAGAUGACACCGAGCAGACCAGAGAGACGACCAAACACACACACGAAGCACGCUCACUUCUUCUCGCGUGCCUCUUUCUCAGCAAACUGCCUCUCCACCUCGUCCGCAAACU